GUCUUUGUGGCUGGUGCAUGUAUGUGUGUGUGUGCGUGUGUGUGUGUGCACAGCCCGGCGGCUCCUGGGCCGGCGCUCGGUCGGAGGGGAGCGGGUGGCACGUCCCGGCGAGUUCCCCAACCCCCCGGCUUCCCGCUGGACGGCCCGGUGGUGCCCUUCGAGGCACGCGCCGACGCCGUGCUUUCACCCGGAAGCUAAAGCGGGUGCGUGCCGCGGGGCUGCCGAGGAAGACAGGAUCCUCCCCAAGCACAAAACCCAGUUGUACUAAGGUUUUUGGAUGGCUAUGGAAUCCAGAGCAAUUUCAACGUUAAAACCUCAGGAUCAAGAAGAAGAAUUAAUACUAGUAAAAAUAGAAGAUAGUUUUUCUUGGAGUGAGAAAUGUAAACAGAAUGGGAGUACCCAGUCUUGCCAAGAAUUGUUUCGCCAGCAGUUCAGGAAGUUUUGCUACCAUGAAACACCUGGGCCCCGAGAGGCUCUGGGUCGACUCCAGGAACUCUGCUAUCAGUGGCUAAUGCCAGAGUUGCACACAAAGGAGCAGAUUCUAGAACUGCUGGUUCUGGAGCAGUUCCUGAGCAUCUUACCCGAGGAGCUGAGGACAUGGGUUCAACAACAUGGCCCAAGAAGUGGUGAGGAAGCUGUGAAUCUGCUGGAGGAUUUGGAGAAAGAGUUUGAUGAUCCAGCGCAGCAGGUCCCAGAUAGUCCACAAGGACCAUCAGUGUCAUGGAAAGAUUUAACGUAUCUCAAAGCAUCCCAAGACUCAACAAGCAUCCAAGUCCGGCCUUUGAAGACACAGCUGAAAUCCUGGAAACCUUGCUUUUCCUCUAAAAGUGAUUCAAAGAAUAAUGAAACAACAGCAAAUGAGGACAUUUCAGAAGAAAAGUCUCCAGGACUGUCUUGGGAUCCUUCACUUAGAGGUGUUAGUGAGCACAAGAGCAAUUUAGAGUGGCAGCAAAGAAGUCCCCCUCCUCUCCACAGGGGUACUUUUAGUCACGUGAUCUUCACACACAAAUCCUUAGCAAAAAGAGACCAUCGCGAUGAAUCUCAAAGAUGCUUAAUCCUAAGUACAAACUCUGUCACAUGUCAGAAAGUUUCUCCAGAAGAUAGACCUUACAGAUGUGAUGUAUGUGGGCAUAGCUUUAAACAGCAUUUCUCUCUCACACAACAUCAGAGAAUCCAUACUGGAGAAAAGCCCUAUAAAUGUAAUCAGUGUGGGAAGGCCUUUAGCUUGAGGUCAUAUCUCAUUAUUCAUCAGAAAAUCCAUAGUGGUGAAAAAGCAUAUGAAUGUAAUGAGUGUGGAAAAGCCUUCAACCAGAGCUCAGCCCUCACUAGACAUCGGAAAAUUCAUACAGGUGAGAAAGCUUGCAAAUGUAAUGAGUGUGGCAAAGCAUUCAGUCAGAGUUCUUAUCUAAUUAUACAUCAGAGAAUUCACACUGGGGAGAAGCCCUAUGAGUGCAAUGAAUGUGGGAAAACCUUUAGCCAGAGCUCCAAGCUUAUUAGACAUCAGCGAAUCCAUACAGGAGAGAGGCCCUAUGAAUGCAAUGAAUGUGGGAAAGCCUUCAAGCAGAGCUCAGAGCUGAUUACCCAUCAGAGGAUACACAGUGGAGAGAAACCCUAUGAAUGUAGUGAGUGUGGGAAAGCCUUCAGUCUGAAUUCGAACCUCAUAAGACAUCAGAGAAUUCACAGUGGAGAGGAACCAUAUCAAUGUAAUGACUGUGGCAAAACCUUCAAAAGGAGCUCAGCCCUUGUUCAGCACCAGAGAAUCCAUUCUGGGGAUGAAGCUUAUAUAUGUAAUGAAUGUGGGAAGGCUUUUAGGCACAGAUCAGUGUUGAUGCGCCAUCAGAGAGUCCAUGCUGUUAAGUAACUUAAUACAAUGACUGGUAAAUAGUAUAUUUUCCUCUGUAUUAGCCAGAAGGUUGACUUUGGAGCAAGAUUCCAUAAAGGUAGUUUUAAAAACAAAUGGUCUUUAGUCAAUCUAACUUGCUUUGUGUAGCACUUCCCAAUGCAGUGCAAAUUUUCUUUGAAACUUGCUGUGAUUUACCACAAGAUAUAAGGCCAUUACUUUGAGCUAUGCUCUUAACAUUAGGAAUACUCAGGAAAAAAAAAAAAAAGUAAUGUAAUAGUGAGAUCUUAUUUUCUAUGAGAAUGUCAUGGAAAAGGCUUCAUUCUGUCUGUCACUACAUCUGAUUGUUUGUACCAGGUUUGUGAGAUAAUAUGGAUGGCAUGAGAAACUGCUUUAAGAAACUAAAGUUUUUACUCAGUGGUAGCUAGUCAACAAGUAAAAUGAGGAAACAGUUUCAUCAGUGAUUUGAUCCCAAGAUAGGCCCAAAAUGAAGUGAGCUUGAGAAGAAAAAGAUACAAAUUAGUUUAUACAAGCUGGGGGCCCUGUCCGUUCCCCACUUCUGUGCUGGGUAUUGAACUUAGGGUGGCACAAGCUAGGAAAGUGCUCAGUCCUGUUUUUUUUAAUACCUGCCUUGUACCAGGGACUAGAAAUGUAAUGACAAAAGAUCAUUUCUACGGUAUUCUAACAGCAAUUACCAGUCAGGUAAUGACACUUUAGUAUGGUCAGUCUAUUACAACCUUUGGGAGUGGUUUGGGUUUGAGACAGGGUUUCUCUGUAUAGCCUUGGCUGUCCUGGUACUCAUUCUGGCCUUGAACUCACAGAAAUGUGCCUGCCUCUGCAUCCCAAGUGCUCGGAUUAAAGGCGUGCGCCACCACUGCCUGGAACUUUCCCCAUUUCCCUCUUGUCCAAGAACUUUGGAUAAAGGAAACUAAAAUGA